GGGUGUUUUACCACAAUGAUUGGACGACUGGCUGCUGUGAUUCUUCUUGGUAUAGUUUCUCUGAUUCAAACUGCAGAGGUUCCUCACCAGAUCCCUUUGAUUGUGGUUGAACUUGGUGGGAAUGCUACUUUGCAAUGUCCGGUCUCCGAGAGGGAAGGCAAAUUCUUUCACUGGUAUAAGCAGGCUCCCGGAUAUAUGGUCCAAACAGUUGCUACAGGAACUUACUCCAAGCAGACACUAAGUGGACAAUUUGAGAACCCACGAUUCAGUGUCACAGAGGGGGACUCUCAGUAUCUUCUUACCAUCAGAAAUGUAAUCAAAGAAGAUGAGGCAACAUACUUCUGUCAAAGUGGAACAGCGUAUUCACAGAGCUUUGCUAAUGUCAUCUUCCUGGCAGUAAAUGAUUGGAAUCAGCAGAAAUAUGUCCACGUGAAACAAAGACCGGAGACAGCAUCAGUCCAGUUGGGGAACACAGUCACUCUGCGGUGUUCACUUCUCUCCGAGGACAUGGAAGCCAGAGUCCAGUGUCCAGGUGAACACAGUGUGCACUGGUUCAGAGCUGGAUCAGGGGAACUUCAUCCAGGCAUCUUUUACACUCACAGGAACAGGAGUGAUGAACAAGAGGGAAGGAGCUGUGCCUACAGUUUAUCCAAAACUAUACAGGACUCCUCUGAUACUGGGACCUACUACUGUGCUGUGGUCACAUGUGGAGAGAUCCUGUUUGGUGAAGGAACUAAAGUGGAGACAAGAUCCAAGUUGGACCCAGUUGUCUUUGUUCUUGGGGUACUGUUGGCUCUCUGUGUGAUUGUGAUUGCCAUCCUUAUUUUCUCAAGAGACUGAAGGUAAGUUUAGUAUCACUGAAAAAAGUGACUGCGGUAUGUAACUUGCAUUUACAGAUUUUCUGGAUCCAGGACGUCACAGAAAGAAUCAAGGGACCCCUUUCGCUAACUGUGGAAAAUGCAAGUCUCAAUUUGGAUCAUAUCGUUCCCCCUCUUACUAAUU